AUGGAGAAUCAUUCAACACUGUUCUUUGGCUCAUCUAUAACGCCAUUCGCCUUCACUCUUUCUCCAAACUUGGAAAAUUCUCAUCAGAUGCAUAUUUUGUCCAAUAAGAAUGAACCCAACAAGGAAAUCCGUUUCCGAAUAGUACGAGUAAAAGAAGUUUCACAAAAGAAUAAAUUUAUACAGAUAGAUCAAAAUAAGAUGAAGAAAUCUGGAAAGAAAACUGUAGAAAAUAGAAAGCCCAGAUUUGCGUUUCAAACAAGAAGUCCAGUUGAUAUACUUGAUGAUGGAUACCGCUGGAGAAAAUAUGAAGCUAUUAUCGAUGUACGCAUGAGGAAUGCAAUGUUAAGAAGCAAGUACAACGACAAUCCAAAGACGAAGGCAUUGUUGUGA